AUGGUAGACUUUCACAUUAAUAAAGUUCAUAAUUUAAUGGAAAAUCAAAAAAACAUAAGAAACAUUUCUGUUAUUGCUCACGUAGAUCAUGGUAAGAGUACUUUGACCGAUACACUUGUUAUUAAAGCGAAGAUUGUCAGUAAAGAUUCUGGUGGUGGUAGGUAUAUGGAUACUAGAAAAGAUGAACAGGAUAGAGGUAUUACUAUUAAAAGUACAGCAAUUUCAUUAUUCACUAAAAUAGAUCAAGAUGUUAUAGAUGCAUAUUCAAAACCAGGUGAUAUAAAUGGUACAGAAUUUUUAGUAAAUUUGAUUGAUAGUCCUGGACACGUGGAUUUUAGUAGUGAAGUUACUGCUGCCUUAAGAGUCACUGAUGGUGCUUUAGUAGUUGUUGAUUGUGUUGAAGGUAUUUGUGUACAAACAGAAACAGUGUUAAAUCAGGCUAUGGAAGAAAGAAUUGUGCCUACUCUUGUUUUAAAUAAAUUAGAUAGAGCUAUUUUAGAGUUAGAAUUUCCUCAAGCAAAACUUGCAGAAAGUUUAAGAAGAAGGAUUGAAGGAUUUAACGCCAAGCUAUCACAGUUAGGACAUACUUUUAAGGUUGAAUCUCUUAUGCCUGAAAAAAAUGAAAUUUCUUUCUGUUCAGGUUUACAAGGAUGGGGAUUUACACUCAGGACGUUUGCUAGGUUUUAUUUAAAAAAGUUUAAAGCAUCUGGAUUUGAAGGUGAAAAAAGACUUUCUAAGCUUUUAUGGAGUAUUCAGGUGUCAUGUAGUUCUUCAGAUCCUUGGGAUCCAAAUAUGAAAUUCAUUAAAUCUCAAACGCCCAAUUCUGAAAUGUCACCAUUUGUGGUUUUUGUUCUUAAUCCUAUUUAUAAAGUAAGAGACUUGUGUAAUGAAGGAAAGAUUGAAGAAAUAAAAGAGUACCUUUCAAAAUACAACGUAGACUUUAAGAAUGUUGUUCUUAUGGGAGAAGGUAAAUCACUUUUUAAAGUUGUUAUGCGUACAUGGUUACCUGCCGCUGAAUGUUUAUUGGAACAAAUUGUUCUUAAGCUACCUAGCCCUCUUCAGUCACAAGCUGUCAGAUAUGAUCAUCUUUAUGAAGGACCCGCCGAUGAUGAAAUAGCCCAGGCUAUAAAAAAGUGUGAUCCGUCAGAGAGUGCACCUGUCAUGAUGUAUGUUUCUAAAAUGGUUCCAGGUAAUGAUAAUAGAUUUAUAGCUUUUGGUAGAGUGUUAUCUGGUUCAAUUCAACCAGGUAUGAAGAUUAGAGUACAAGAGCCUGGUUAUUCACCGUCCUGUACUUCCAAUGCUAACAAUGCACUAGUUCAUAAUAAGUCGGUUUUAAGAGUUGUCGUUAUGAUGGGAAGAAUUAAUAAAGAUGUUCCAAGUUGUCCAGCUGGUAAUAUUGUUGGUAUUGUAGGUAUCGAUGACUGUCUUAAAAAGACUGGUACUAUUACUAACAUUGAAAAUGCUUACAAUGUUAAAUCAAUGAAGUUUUCUGUUUCUCCUGUUGUAAAAGUCGCAGUAAAUGCUAAAAAGGCAGAAGAUUUGGGAAAAUUGCAAGAAGGUCUCAAUAAAUUAGCACAGUCCGAUCCACUUUGUCUUGUAGAAAGAAAUGAUAAAGGACAAAGUACUAUUGCAUGUGCAGGAGCUUUACAUUUAGAAAUUUGUCUAAAAGAUCUAGAAGAGUUGUAUGCUAAGGUCCCUAUUGUUUAUGAUGACCCGCUUGUCACUUAUUUUGAGGGAGUUACUGAAGCUGUUACUGCACCAAAGAUGACUAAAUCUGCCAAUAAACAUAAUAGGCUUUACAUGACAGUAGAACCUUUAGAUGAAGAUCUUACUAAGUCACUUAUUGAUGUAAAAUGUGACAAUCAGAAACAGUUAGCUGCUAAUUUUAGAGAGAUGUUAAACAUUAAUGAAGAUUGGGUUAAAAAGAUUUGGUCUAUGGCGCCUGAACUUACACCUGAAAAUAUGUUAGUUGAUGGAACUAAAGGUAUUUCUAUCAUCGGAGAAAUUAAAGAACAUCUUAAUACUGGUUUUAAAGCUGCCGUAGGAGAAGGUCCCCUUAUUGGAGAAACAAUGAGAGGUGUAAGAUUCGAUCUAAAGGAUGCUACUUUACACGCUGAUUCUAUUCAUAGAGGUAUUAAUCAAUUAUUACAGCCCACUAUUAAAUUAUGUAAAGGUCUUUUACUUGCUGCUGAUCCUGUUUUGUACGAACCAAUUUUUAAAGUUGAUAUUGUUACGCCCGAUGAAUAUAUUGGAACUGUCACUACCAUCCUUUGUGGCAAGAGAGGAACAGCUGAAGAAUUUACAAGUUUAGCUGGUAAUGUUACAACUCUUAUUGAAGGAACUUUACCAGUCCGAGAAUCUUUUACUUUUAAUGAAGAAUUAAAAUCUGCUACACAAGGCAAAGCGGGUGCUUCUUUAUCAUUUUCUCAUUAUGCUACUUUACCAGGUUCAUUAUCCGAUGAAGGAAGCUUGAUGGCUAAGACGGUUGCUCAAGUUCGUCAGAUUAAGAAGAUAACUACAUCACUUAAUCCGGAAGAUUGGUUUGAUAGGCUAUAA